AUGGCAGUGGCGGAGGAAGUGGUAGCGGCCUCGAGUCAAAACGAUGCACCAACUCCCAUUGUAGACCUUCCUACGGAAAUACUCUCGCAAAUACUAGUACGGCUUCCCAACAUCAAGUGCUUAUUACGUGCAAAACUCGUGUGCAAGUCAUGGUUUACCCUCAUAUCAUCUUCGGAAUUCACCCAUCUUUAUAAUCUCCGCCAUAACAAUUCUCUCCUUGUAUAUCCCAAAUUUGAUCUUAAUUGCAAUCUCUAUCUUUGCGCAGUCGAAGUCAAUGACAACGACUUUUCGAAGGAGGAGAAAAUUCAACUUCCUCCAUACCUAUAUGAUGAGUUGGGAUUCCGUAUGAUUGUUGCUUCAUGCAAUGACUUGUUACUUUGCAUCUUUGGUAGUACUAGUGACUCUACUUUGAUCUUGCUAAAUCCAUUAACUCGUCUUUACCGCGUUAUUCCUCGCCUCUAUUAUGAUGACAAUAAUUUCGUUAUUCAUGGAGUCGGAUAUGAUCAUAUAAAAGAUGACUACAUAGUUUUUAUUCUUAGUAGUGAUCGUCGGACGACGGCCAAUGCUGACGUUUUCUUAUACAGCCUAAGAGAUGAGUCCUGGCAACGUAAAUGUUACUUAAAUAAUCAAGAAAUAACUACUUUAUCCGGUUACUUUUGUCCAAAUUUUUGGAUGAUAUCAAGAAAUCUUAAACCUACUGUUGUUGCCAAUUGUUUGUUGCAUUUUGUCUAUGAAUGCAAAAAAGUUGUGAGUUUUAAUGUUUGCAACGGAAAUUGGAGUGAAAUUCCGGCACCCGGUGUAGAAAGUAACAUAAAAGAUAUAGGGGUUUUAGAUGGUUAUUUGAGCGUCCUAGCGGGAAAAGGUUCACGAGACGGUGUUUCGAGCCCAGGGUUCAAGUUAUGGGUGAUGAAAGAGUACGGUGUUAAGGAAUCAUGGGUUUUGCUAUUAAGUGUCUCGGACUUGUGUCCAAUUAGGUCUUCGUUAACCAGUAUCCCUUUGGCUAUUUCGAGUGACAAGAACGAAAUUCUACUGCAUUUCAAGCACGAUCACUGGAAAUUUAGUUAUGUAUGGUAUAAUUUGAAAGAGAAAAAGACUAGAAAAACUCAAAUUGGUCCAUGGGAAGAAUACGUGUCAAUCAAGAGUACAUUUCCUGUUACGGAUAUUACAAACAAGUUUAAUAAGAAAAAACAAGGUGCGUAA